CUUAUAGCCACUGGACGGACAAUGUGUGGAUUUCAUGGACAAUGGAAGCACAGUAGGAGAUCACAACACCACGAUCAUGGCUGGCAGCUUGUCGGUGAAGCGCUACUUCACCUUUGCCACGGGCCUGGUGGAGUGCCUGGGCUUUGCUGGAGCGGUCUUUGGCUGGGCUUCACUCGUCUUCGUGCUGAAAGAGGAUGGCUACUUCAGCUCGCUGUGUGUCAACUCCACAGGGGCCAACGCAACACAGAUCCUAGAUUGCAGCAGACAAGAUGAGCAAUUCUCUCUCAUUUUCACCAUCGCCUCGUUUAUGAAUAAUUUCAUGACAAUGCCCAACGGUUUCAUCUUCGACCGCUAUGGCACUACGGUGGCUCGUCUCGUUGGCAUAUUUCUUUACACAGCAGGAACCUUGAUGGUGGCUUUCUCAAGUUCAGCUGUUCCAAACCUGCUCUUCCCAGCCCUUUGCUUCUUGGCUAUGGGUGGUAUUUUGCUCCUGAUCACCAACAUGCAGGUUGGCAACUUAUUUGGCUCUCACCGAUCCACCAUCAUCACCCUUUACAACGGGGCCUUUGAUUCUUCCUCAGCCCUCUUCCUCAUCAUCAAGCUGGUGCACGAGUCCGGCGUCUCUCUUCGUGCCGCCUUCCUCUUCCUGUCCGCCUGCAGCGUCAUUCACCUGCUCAGGACCUUCUUCCUGCUGCCAAGGAAAUUCAUCCCUUACCCUGUGCCCGAUCACUACACCUAUGGAUUAACCUGCGGUAAAUCAGAGGCUCUGAGCUCGGAGGAGUCCGCGACUGACAAUGCUCAGACGGCGGUGGACGAAACGCCCCUCAACAAAGACGCAACUGUGACACAAGUGAAGACUUUCCGUCAGUGUGUGCUCUCCAGGUUCUUUGUGCUUCACCUGCUUUGGUUGUCGGUGAUGCAGCUCAGACACUACCUGUUCAUCGGCACCCUCAACCCCAUGCUGCAGAGGCUGAGCGGCGGAGAAGCCUCACUGGUGAGUCAGUACAUCAAUGCCUUCGCCAUCACCCAGCUGUGUGGGGUGCUGUGCGCUCCCUGGAACGGCCUCAUCAUGGACCGACACAAAGGCAAACCCCGAGCUGCAGGAGAGACAGAGCAGGAGGCAGACUUGCGGGCCUCGGUGCUGUCCCUCUUCCUGACGGCGCUGCAGUGUGUCUUGUUCUCGCUUUGUGCCUCCACCCCCUACCUGCCCCUCCAGUACCUCACCUUCAUCCUGCAGGUGCUUAACCGCUCCUUCCUCUACGGUGGGAAUGCAGCCUUCAUCAACUUGGCGUUCCCUUCCUGCCACUUUGGGAAGCUCUAUGGUAUGGUCAUGGGCCUGUCGGCAGUGUUUUCAUUGCUGCAGUAUCCCUGCUUUGCUCUGGUGAAAGGCGCGCUGCAUGGAGAUCCUUUAUAUGUGAACGUCGGCCUGACGGUGCUCAGUCUGCUGGCCUUCGUCCAUCCUCUCUCCGUCUACCUGCACUGUCGGCGGACUUCCAGAAACAAAGCUGCCGCUGCCUCCUCGUGAAGUCUGUAAAACGAAAAUGAUGACUUGCGC